AUGUUGAAUCACUUCUUGAGGACUCCUCGAAAAAAAAAAAACCUCUAUCAUCACCAUUCCCUCUCACUAACUCCCCUUCAAACUCUUAUACAUAGAGCAUGUAGCUGCACAAGACGGUGUUACACGUAUUCGUCCGCCACGCCCAAGGAGAGCCUGCACCUCGACACUUUUAACUGUCAACAUUAUCGACUGCCUGAUCACGGGCAUCCCAUGAAAAUGUUUUCCAACCUCAUGCGGGACGAACCAAUCUCGGUGGAGCUGUAUUCGCUAUGCACUUAUGAUUAUACAAAUGCAGCCCCCGCCGUUUUUCCAGUUGGUUUCCAAAACGUGCGAACAAAGGGGAAGGAAUAUGAAAUUUUGGAAUCCAUCACCAACGCAUGA